AUGGCGUGCCCAAAUGGUUCUGUACCUCUGCUCCUGCCCUGGACCAACAACUCAGUUUCUUCUACCAGCCCAACCUUCUCUCGAGGCGUCUCCUUCGCGAUUGGCACUCCUCCUCAGCUCUUUUCUUUGACCCCAUCGACGGUAACUAACAAUCUCUUCAUCGACAAUGCGGCCGAGUGCGGGUCGGCCACGAACAGCAGCUGUAUUGGCCAGCUAGGUGGUAUCUAUGCCAGUGCGACUUCGACUUCGUUUGCAGAGGUGGAUUACGCAAAAUGGACAGGCAGCAGAGCAUCUGUAGACACGGUGUCGGGGAGCUCCUACAUUUUCUUCAACGAUGUUGCAGCUUUUGGUCCCAAUAAUGCCACCAACAAGUUUCCCGCUUUCCCAAUGUAUACCAACGGAUCUACCGACACCACUGUGGACGCUUUCUCGAACAACGAUCCAACUUAUCGAGCAACACUGCCUCUGGGAAUGGACUCCAGCUUUUUGAACUUCCUGGUCGACUCAGGUCAGGCUUCGUCCCGGACGUAUGGCCUAUGGGCUGGAUCAGAAUCCGAAGAAACGCCCCAAGACGGCUUACUCGUAGUUGGUGGCUUUCACAAAAGCCGUCUUAAGAGCGCUGCAACCACUUUCCCCAUGUUCUCAGACUGUCCUACAUGCGCCACUGUCACUGCCAUCACCUACGAUGCCGGCGGGAAGAGUACUUCGCUCUUCGCAGCCGACGGGGACACGCUCGUUGUGUAUCUGGACCCUUUUUCCACAGACCUGAGACUUCCAUCUGAAUUGCUGGACAAACUUGCGGCUACCGAGAAAACGGCUGUUUGGAACCAGACCUCGCGCCAUUUCGAGCUUCCUACUACACCUGCACCGGCAGGCACAAUUACUGUUACGAUAUCCGAUAUGGGCAGUCCUGCUGGUGACGCAUCAAAGCCUUCGGUCGCUUCGUACAAGACUGUUAUCCCGGCGACUGAGUUCUAUCGACGACCCCGGGCGUACAAUGCUGCAGGUGUAUUUGAAGUAAACAAUGCCACAGUGUUCAACAUGGCUGUAACGAAUCAAACAUCCUCCAGGCCCAUGGGCACCCCAGUCGGUACCCUAGGUCUCCCCUUCUUCACCCAAAAUUACCUCAUUGUCGAUCCCGACGCGCAAAAUUUCCAGCUCGCCCCAGCCGUUGUUACAGCUAUCGAUCCCGCUACUGCAAAGACUCAGAUAACAAAAGUCUGCCGCGUCCUGCCGGGUGCAAAGCAAAAGUCACAAACUGCUGCUCUCGCUGGAGCAAUCGCCGGCUCUAUAGUCGGCACAUUGCUCCUCGUCGCCUUGGCAUUAUACAUCCGGAAGCGCAGAAGAAACGCCGGCAAGCCUUCAGGUGCAACAUCUCUCAAGCCAGCGUUCCACCGCAUGGCGCCCCACGAAUCCGAAGAAAGCAAGUCCCUCGAGUUGCCGCACCAAGCUCCUCCCGCUCCUACGGCUCCUACGGCCCCUGCUUCCGCAGUUCUAAGCAAUGGCUUUGUGUUCCCCUUACCGCGUUCCAGUCGGCCGAUCCAUUCUCGAGAUAAGACUUACGAGGAUCCUCGCAGAGACCUCGUCCACGAUGACUUUAGAAGGGUGGAUGAAAUCAAUGAUGGGAGGCUUUUGGAUGAGAGGCCGUUGGGACUGAGUGAGACGAUUCAUUCGCGAAGCACGUUGCCUAGGCUCGCUGCUGAACAUACAGUUGAGUGA